CUUCCCUCUUGACCUCCUACCUAGCUACCCUCACUUACUGCUCACGACAACUGACAACACCACGCCCACAACGCCCAUCUUGUAGCCAAUCCAUCGGCGACUCGUGCCCCCUCUCUCUCGACGCCACCCGACCACGCCGCUCCGCAUCAAUCGAUCGUCUCGCACCCACCUAUCCGACAUCAUGGCCAACGUCAACUGGCGGACCAUCAACAUUGAUGCCUUGGACCCAGACUCGCCGGCCAACUUCGACCUCUCCACCCUUGCACCCUCCGUUACCCCCGUAGCCACCGCCGAUGUGCAAUCACUAGCCUCGCAGAUACGACAGCUGCUUCGUGGAGGAGACAAUGAAGGCGCUCUACGGGGAGCGUUGGAGAACCCGCCAUGUGGCGCAGACGACAAGGGCAAGGAAGUACACCUCGCUACAGUUAUUGAGAUUUUGCAGUCAAUCCGGCAGUCGGAAAUGUCGCCGCUACUCAAUCGCAUAUACAGCUCUCCCGGUGGGCCAGAAGCGCUGGAUGUGCUGAUGAAAUAUAUCAGCUAUAAGGGAAUGGGACAGACGAGCACGUCGAAUCCGACGCGGAACAUCACACCCCAGCCGACCGGCUUUUCCCAGAUUCACCCUCGCGGAGCAACUGAAGGCGGCGGCCAAGCCAUGAGCGUGUUGCUCAGCUGGCACGAGAAGCUGGUUGAAAUCGCAGGGCCUGGCUCUAUUGUUCGAGUCAUGACUGAUAGGCGCACUGUCUGAGUGGCCAGCGUAGCUCACCAACGCCCAGCUACCACGCUGACUCACAGAAAAUGGGAAUUGCAGACGCGAUCCAGAUAAACCUCAUCCGGUCAACACCGCCUCAGCACAGCACGUAGCGGAGUACGAGGAAGCCAUGAAUACACGAGUUAAUACGGGCAAGGCCAUCCGAGGCCAGGCUCAGGAGACCCUUCUAUUCAGCCUUUGUUCAUGUGCAAUUCAUCAGUCCUGAGCCAUAACUUAUCC